AUGAAGGAGACGUCCAUGCAAGCUGCAUGGUAUGUGGCCCAAUAUGCGGCUCACCAUGCCGUGGCUGUGGAUAUGGAUGACAUGCUCGCUCUUUCUGGCAAGUCUGUGCAACGGAUAAGCUCCGCGGCCGAUGUGGGAUCUGUGGUGCAUGAAUUAGCAUCGGCAUCAACCAACCCUGAGCCUAUUGCGGUGUUCAUGCGUGCAUCGCCACAAGGCCUCUUGCGUCUUGUGCCACAUCUCCCUGCGCUUGCAAAACUCCCGGUCGUCUUCCAUGUCGAAACGCCACAGGCGUUGCACGCACAUGUGCUUCAGCUCCGCCACAGUGGUAUUUCCAUGGUGUAUUCAAGCGGUGAACCGCUUGAAACUGAAGCUUAUGCGCUUUUCGCUCAUAUACUCGCAGCCAAGACUCAUACAGGCGCUCUGCACUUCUUCGAUAUCGUCUCAGCUAACAAUUUGCCCUCGACGCAAGCCUCUCUGCUUCAAGUGCCUUUGGCUCCUGAACCCUCCGAGUUGUCAGAUGUUACGAUUAAUGGCAUUUUUUCUGAUGUCAAUGAACGUCUUGGCACUGAUAUUCAGGCGCUACGUGUACUAGGCGCCCAUGCCACGGAUACGGUGGCCGUGAUGCUAGGUGCUGAGACAACCAAACUUUCUGCCUAUGUUCCGAUCGUGUCAUUGCACUUGGUUCGUCCACUCAGUGCGAGGUGCCUUGUCGAUUCAAUUCCGACGUCGGUUAAACGCGUCGCCGUCUUGGAGCAUAGCAGUAAGCGCACUACGCGUCUCCCCCCCGUUCUGGUCGAUGUGGCUAGUGCUUUCCAGCAUGUGUCGGACCGCCAAGUUCCUGUUCUUGUGAGUGGACUGCUGAAUGAAUUGGAUGAUAGUGCUGGUCCCGCUCUUGCUGGAGUUCUUGCGUCUGAAGAAACGGCGUCUUUCACACUGGGCUCGGAGAAGCCGCAGAAAUCCGAAGCUGUCGUCCCCAGGACAUUUGAGCACGAGCAUGCUUAUCAUACAAUGCUCGAAAUGCUGUUUAAAGACCGCUUGGACAUUGUGAAUGCCCCAUCGGACGACUCGCACCCAGGUGCUUCGAGUCCCGAGUAUGCAUUUGGUAUCGUGCUUUCUCAUCUACUGAAAGAAGAGACCCUUUUGUCGCGGGCCCAGCGAAUGGCCGAUGACGCUACGACGCCGUCGCCACUGCAAAAGGCCCUGCAAGCUUGGCUUUCGAACCGACGCGAUGCAGCACAUGCUGAAGCUGUGCAAAAAGCCCUGGAAGGCGUGGCGUCCACGGACGCUGAAGCGCUUCGCUCGACGAACCUAACUCAGAGCUCACGCUGGAUUAUCGGAAACGAUGCGUGGGCUUAUGAUGCCGGUAUGGGUGGUGUGCACCACGUCAUUUCGUCGCAGCGCAACGUGAACAUGCUCAUAUUUGAUUCCGUGCCGUACACCCAGCGUGAUUCUGUGCCAUUGCAUCAGCGCAAAAAGGACAUUGGUCUCUACGCGAUGAACUACGGAAAUGUAUAUGUCGCCAGCACUGCGUUAUACUCGGACUACACGCAGGUGCUUCGUACGCUGAUGGAGGCCGACAAAUUUGAUGGUCCAUCGAUUGUGUUGGCGUACAUGCCGUAUCUCAUGAGCAAUGUACCCGCUCUUGAUGUUUUGCGUGAGACCAAACUCGCUGUCGACUCGGGCUACUGGCCUUUGUACCGCUGGAACCCGAGUGCCGGCGUGAGUGGCCUUCCUGUCUUCCAGCUGGACAGUGUGCGUAUUCGCCAGCAGCUACAAGACUUUUUGGACCGCGAAAAUCAUCUUAGUUUGUUGGCAAAUGUGCGUCCUGAGUUGCCAUAUGACCUUGCAGCAUCACAAGGUGCGGCAUUACGUGAGAAGCAGCGCGUCAAGGCUAAGGAGGCGUAUGACCAGCUCCUGGGCUCUAUGCAGGGCCCGCCCUUGCUUGUUCUCUUUGCAUCGGACGGCGGUGGCGCUGAGAAGGUCGCUAGGCGACUCGCGACGCGCGCCAAGCUGCGUGGUCUAGGUGCUCGUGUACUUGCGAUGGACGAUUACCCUGUGGACGAGCUCAGCUCCGAGCCGAAUGUCGUAUUCGUUACGUCGACAGCAGGCCAGGGUGAGCCCCCGCAGAAUGGUCGCUUGAUGAUGAAGGCGCUGGCCAAGCAGCCGACGGGCCUGCUUAAUGAGGAGACGCGCUUUGCUGUGUUUGGCAUGGGCGACUCGCACUACUGGCCGCGUCCCGAGGAUGCAGGCUUUUACAACAAGCCAGGUAAGGACCUGGACAAGCGCUUGGCAGAGCUGGGUGCGUCUCGUAUGCUCAACCUAGGUUUGGGUGACGACCAGGAUGCAGAUGGCUGGCAGACAGGCUACAAGGCAUGGGAGCCCCAGCUCUGGAAAGCGCUUGGCGUUGACUCGGUUACCGUCACUGAGGCAGAGCCUGAGCCUAUCACGAACGAGCACAUCAAGGUGGCGAGUAACUAUCUCCGUGGUACGAUCAGUGAGGGUCUGCAGGAUGCUUCGACUGGUAGCAUUUGUGAGACGGACACGCAAUUGACCAAGUUCCAUGGAACCUACAUGCAGUACGACCGUGACACAGUUGACGAGCGUAAGGCGGCGGGUCUCGAACCCGCGUACGGAUUCAUGAUCCGUGUUCGUAUGCCCGGUGGUGUAUGCACGCCCCAGCAAUGGCUGCAACUCGACGACGUGGUGGAGAAAUACGCUGGUAUCAAGUCACUUAAAAUCACGACUCGUCAGACAGUGCAGUACCACAUGAUUCUCAAGCGCGACAUGAAGAGGGCAAUGCAGGGUAUCAACAAGAGCAUGCUCGACACGAUCGCUGCAUGUGGUGACGUGAACCGCAAUGUCAUGUGCUCGCCAAACUUGCACCGCGAAAAGGUGGAUGUGGUCAUGGCUCAAAUUGCUAGGAAACUAUCUGAAUCACUGCUGCCACGCAUGAAUGCGUAUCAUGAGAUUUGGCUUGACAAGGGCACGGACAGCUCGAGCAAACUGCUUGUGGGUGGUGCGCUUCAGGAUUAUGAGCCACUGUACGGUCCAUACUACCUGCCGCGCAAGUUCAAAAUUGCGAUGGCUCUGCCUCCACGUAACGAUGUGGAUGUAUUCGCACACGAUAUUGCUCUGAUUGCUAUUGCAAACAAGGACCACACGGAACUGCUUGGCUUCAACGUUGGUGUUGGAGGUGGUAUGGGUGUCACGCAUUCGAUGAAGGCAACGUACCCGCGAUUGGCCAGUAUUAUCGGCUUUAUAACGGUCGACAAAGUAUACGACGUGUGUCGCGAAAUCUUGCUGAUUCAGCGCGACACAGGAAACCGCCAGAACCGGAAGCAGGCACGUCUGAAGUACACGAUUGACAAGUACUGGGGCGGCGCCGACAACUUCCGCGCUGAGCUUGAGCGCCGCCUUGGUUAUGCGUUCGAAGAGGCCAGGCCCUUCAGCUUCGAAUCCAACACGGACGACUACGGCUGGCUGCAGGACAUGAACGGCAGGUGGCAUUGCACGCUGUGGCUCGAAAAUGGCCGUAUCAUUGAUGAACCGGGCAUGCCUUUCCGUACAGGUCUGCGCGAGUUGGCCAAGUUCCACAAGGGCACGUUCCGCCUCACGCCAAACCAGCACAUUAUUGUAUCCGACAUUAAUGAGGCGGACAAACCCCGUAUUGAGGCGCACCUGCGCGAGUACCGCAUGGACAACUGGGAAAAGUCGGGCCUGCGUCUUAGUGCAAGCGCAUGUGUGGCAUUUCCGACAUGUGGCUUGGCUAUGGCUGAGUCAGAGCGCUAUAUCUUCAAGCUUGUUGACAAGCUCGAGCGCAUCUACCUCGCUAAUGGCCUGAAACACGACGAAAUUGUCAUGCGCAUGACUGGCUGUCCCAACGGAUGUGCACGACCGUGGGUUGCUGAGAUUGGAUUUAUUGGCAAGGCGCCUGGCACGUACGUCAUGUGCUUGGGAGGUGGUCAUGCCGGUCAACGUCUCAACAAGAUUUUCCGCGAGAGCGUGACAGAAAAGGAGAUUAUUGAGAUUCUCGAAAUUUUGAUUCCUCGCUACGCGCGCGAGCGCCUCCAUGGCGAGCCAUUUGGUGACUGGGUUAUCCGCGCCGGUAUCAUUGCCGAGACAACGCACGGAGCGGCAUUCUAUGACAACGUUAAUACGGGCAAGACGCUCGAAGAGUUGGCAGCAUGA